AUGUUCGAAGGUGCCAUCGCGGCGUUCUUGAAUCGACUUCUCGGCAAGUACAUCGAGGAUUUGGAUACCGAACAAUUCAACGUUGGUAUCUUCUCUGGCGAUACUUGCCUUACCGAUCUUAAACUAAAGCCUGAGGCAUUGUAUCAACUUGGUCUGCCUAUUAAGGUGGAAGUUGGUCUGAUAGGGAGAAUCGUUUUAAAGAUACCAUGGUCUGGACUAUUUUCUCAACCGAUUAUUCUUUGUAUCGAGGACAUUUAUGUAGUGGCUGUGCCUGCUGCUUAUGGCCCGUACGACGCAGAAGUACAAAAGAAAUUGUUAAGGGCAGAAAAAAGAAAAAUAUUAGAAGAUUUAAGGGAAGAUGAAGCAUUUAAAGCAGAGUUGUUUGAUAAUUUAUUGGCAUCUGUGACAAAAAACUUCCAAAUUAGUAUAAAUAAUGUACAUAUUAGAUAUGAGGAAAAGCUAAAUGGGUCUCUAUGUGCUUGCGGUAUCUGUAUUCAAAGUAUAUCAGUCAUGACUACAAAUAGUAAAUGGAAACCUGGUGUUUGUGGUAGUAAUUCAAAUACAAUUUACCAACUAAUAAGAGCAGAGUCCUUGAGCAUAUACAUGGACCAUGAUUCAGAAUCUGCUCUCACAAACAGUGACACAAGGUAUGACUGGGACAUGUCCAGCCUUCUAGCAUGGAAAACUACAAUGCACAGAGCUUUGCAAACCUUUGGCAUGAAGAAUAAAGAGUUUCAGUUUUGUAAGUUCACAGUUACAUUUAUGUGUAAACUGUUAAAGCCAUUUACCGCGAAGAUCAAAGUAAUUAUACAUAAAGGAAAUGAGACACAAACAUCUCGCAUGUUGGUUGACAUUGUGCUUCAUGACGUGGCAAUGCAAGUUUCCAAAGUGCAAUAUAUUACGUUCUGUCAUCUUUAUAAUUCAGUGUUACGCGCAAUAAUCAACAAACCAUAUAUAAAAUAUCGUCCGAGCGACGACGUCAAGAAAAAUCCAUCAGCUUGGUGGAAAUAUGCUUAUAAUUCUACUUUAGAUUACAAUGUAAGACCCUACACGUGGGCAAGAAUCAUUGAGCACAGGCAGAACUACAGGAAGUACAAAGAAGCAUGCCUGCAAAAUUUGCUUCGGCCAAACGAUACAGAACUAAAGCUGGACUUGCAAAAGUACGAAGAUUGCCUGACUAUCUUGAACAUGGUAAUAGCUAGAGAGCAUGCUAAGCAGGAAUUGAAAAAUAAAACUAUCGAGGAGAAACGUCAAAACAUGAAUACCGAUAUUUCAGUACAAAAUGUGGCAGGAAAUGCAACAUUGAUUAAACAGGUGCAAAGUAACGAUACUGAAGAGCAAAAGAUUAAAGCAUCGUUGCAUUAUAUUAGCAACGAUUCAGGAAGGAGGAUAAAAUUGGAAAAACUACCUCAGCCAAUUGAUUACAAGUUCAAUUUUACUUUGGCAAACUGCUGUUUGAGCCUUUUAAGCCAUGACAGAGAAAUUCUUGUUGUAACUGUAACCCAACUCUUAACGAGCGUGGAAAUACAACCUCUGUUGUCCGCGUUCAAGGUGUCUGCAAGAGCCGAGAGUUUCGUGAUCGAAGGUGUCUCCGCGGAAGGUGAUCUAGUACCAUUAAUCACAGUCGACAACGUUUUGACAGGAAAUGUAUCGACCAACUUUUUGGCAGUAGAUUUUGAGAAGAACAGAGAAAACGUGGAUCCGACGUUCGACGUAUCCAUAAAGCUGGAAGCCAUAGAAGUGACUUACUACCAUCACGCCAUGGUAGAGAUCAUUCAAUUCUUCAAGCUUGAUGAUUCGAACAUGCAAACAACAAUUCUGUGGGCGUACAAGUUAUACAAAUACGCGAGAAGGAACUCACUGGUUUUGGUAGAUCAUAUUAUAUCUCAAACACUUCGGAUUAAUUUCAAAGUGGAUGUUAAAGGGCCGUAUAUCGUAUUUCCUGAGUACGGAUCGAUACAAAAAGGUGGGCACAUUCUUAUCGUGGAUUUUGGUAAUGUGAGUUUGUCCAAUGAGCUACAGGCUGUCAAUUUGCAACUCGAAGACGCGACGCUCAUGGAGUUGGAAGAAUUACUGUAUGAUAGGAUACACGUCGAGCUUUCUGGCGCACAGAUUCUGUUUUGUCACUCAGGAGACGACUGGAGAUCAGUCAGAAAGAAGAAAGAUUCCGAGUAUCACUUUUUGCCAAAGAUACAAGCAACCACGACCAUUUCAUGCAGUAUAAAACCGGAGUAUCAUCAGUUACCAAGAAGUGUCGUGUCUUCCGAGGUCAGUGAAGAGGAUUUGGAAUUGCUAUCAAAGACUAUAAGUUUGUCUGGAUUUGACGACAACGUGUCCCCGUACAAUCACAUCAAUCUCUUGUUGAGAUUUGCUGUUGGAGAGUUAUCAGUCCAUUUGGGGAUUAUUCAUUACGGAAGAGAGGAGCCUUACCUGAACUUGAGGCUGCACGCUUUGUAUUGCGAAACCGCGGUAAUGCAGUACGGACCAGCCGUACAGUUUGGUAUAGGAUCCAUUCUCUUGGUAGAUAAAACAAACGCGGGAGUAACUGGAUCAUAUUUGGAACUAAUAUCCACCGAAGAACCGCACGAGACUAUCUUUGUCAGUUCACGCGAUGAAAGAGGAAACUUGUAUGACAGACAAUUCUUUUCUAGCAUUUUUGAAAACAACAAUCUCGUCAAUUUCAUGGAGAGCAUGUGUCACAGAAUUGCACAUUGGAAAGCGAAAGAAGAUGAUCCACCUAUCCCACCUGGCGCUAUCAAGUUGAAUUAUUCUGCUCGGCUUAGCGCCCUCGUUGUACGAUUUUGCGACAAGGAUCUCGAUUUGAUAGAAAUACAGAUCUCGGGAUUGGAGAACGACUGCAUUUACAAUGCCAAUGAAAGGAUGGUGUUACGCGCGCACCUUAGACAUCUAUCGAUUGAAGACUUGAGCGAGGACACGCUUUAUUCAAAGGUGAACCACGAAUCAAACCUAUUAUUAAUUAGCAAUAUCACGCAUGCAAGUAUCCUCAACUCGAAACUUAAUCGUUGCAAGAUUUUAACCACGGAAGAGGACAGGGUUCUCGAUUUGAAGUACGUGAGACACAUGCCAAAAUUGUACAAAUGCUCGGACAUCGAUACGAAGCAGGACGACGUGAUGUCGGACGGGACGUUCAAGCUUUCCAUUGGAAGAAUGAAUUGCGUGCUCGCUUGCAAAAUUCUGUACGACCUGAAG